AUGUUCCUCGAGAGAUGCCUGGGUGUCUUGAAACAGCGAGAUGGCGGACUCGAAGUUAGAAUAGCCCACGCAGCAUGCACUGCAAUUUGUUGUUGGUUUGAUCGUUGCGAGCGAGCCCCUCGAUUCCUAUCCGAUGAGCAAGCAAGCGGUAUAGCCGAAUCUGGUACUGCUUUUUUGAAGUGUCUGGAGAUCUUGGCACGAAUAGGAGUUUCGGAAGGCAAGCUGAGGUGGAAACUUCUACCAAAGGCACAUGCAAUGGCGCAUCUCAUCGAAGACCAGGUGAAAGAAAAGUUGAACUGCAGGUUCUACCACUGUUAUACAGAUGAGGAUUUUAUCGGCCAGUGGAAAAAGCUGGUCAUCAGA